AUGCCAAGGCAAAGGAACCCGGAGGUAGAGCAUCGAAGCUCAGCCAAUCAUCAGUCCCUCGAUUCGAAAUGGAUGCCCAACCGUCUGUAUCAUCGCCACUCACAGCUUGCGCCCGUGCUAAUUCAAGACAGAAUGAUAGCGUCUGCCGUGGUGGUCCCAGAGGAGCAGCCGGCCCUUUCGCCUGCCGCGCGAUCAGCCUCACCCCCUAAGAGCAAAAAACGAGGACUUUCCUUCGAAUCUGACGAAGGUUCUAAACGACCUCGUAUCAGCAAAGAAUCAAAUGAACACAAUUUCAAGACAAAUGGCUCAUUAGAUGACGCGUCUGAACAAGGGCGGCGAUCAGGUGCCCGCCGCGACGGAGCAGCAGAAGAGAGGAAGCGAGGACAAAGACUAUUUGGCGCAUUGCUAGGUACACUCUCACAAAGCUCGACAUCCGCGACUCAAAAGCGUCGAGAAAUUGAGAGAAGACAGCAGGCCAAAAUCCGACAACAGGCAGAAGAAGACGAUCAAAACAUUCGGCAGAAAUCUGAUGAGCUUAGGCGCACGCGCGUUAAAGAACAGAGAAGCUAUGAUACUGAAUCUAUGCAUCUUCGCCACACUAACACUGUCACAAUGGCUAAUUUUCUACGGACAAAGGCUGAGCCAAGGCUGUUCUUUCGUCCGUGGGAUCUCAUGCCAGAAGAAGAAGACCAGAUCAAGCGCCAAGUAGAGGAUGCCGAAGCUGAUAGAGACCGUGAGCGUGAAGAACAUCGCCGCCGGGAGCAAGAGUGGGAGGAAGAGCAGGAUGUCACACUCAAUGAUGCGCCGGGCGAGUCUCAGCCCAUAGAGAGUACACAACGACCAGGUAACUCCGACCAACUCGAUCCGGUUGGGCGGGAGGAACCCUCAAACGCUCCAGAUGACAUGGCCACCAUUGAUACUCACCAUACGGAACAAACCCACGACGCGGACAAGAAUGUCGAAGACACACCAAUUGUUCCGGUUGCGGAGGAUGACCAUGCUGGGGAUGACAACGGUGAAGAGGUCCUUGAAACAGGAGAGGACACUGUACUAUACUGA